GCCGGCUCCAGGCAACAGGCGCUGCUGUCAUGGCGGACGAUUUGGAUGAGCUUCUGGACGAAGUGGAGCUGCGGUUCUGUAGGGGCCGGCCGGCGCCGAGCAAUGAAGGAGCGGGCAAGGAGGUGAAAAUCAGUGCACCUUCAGUCCCAUCUAAAGAAAUUUCCAAAGAGGAAGAUGAUUUAAGUGAUCUUAUUGAUGACAUUUUUCAUGAUGAUCCAAGUUUAUCUGAUCCUUCUAAGUCAAGGCCAAGAGCAGUAACAAAUUGUACAGGUCACAGAGCUUUUUCUCAGACCAGGGGUAAAAAGUGUUGUCCAGUUUAUCUCGGUGGCAGUUCUGCACCUCUAGGAUUGGGAACAAACACUUCUCAGAGAACAUGUGACCAACUCCGCUGUACUACCUGUGACUUUAGAGUAAUUGCACUUGAUGAUUAUGAAUGGAACAAGUCAUGUGACUACUUUUUCUUCAGAAAUAACAUGCCUGACUUAAAUAAGCUGAAAGCGAAGACAUUGAGUAGGAGAGGUGUACGAGCAUAUGCCUGUCAGUGCAGCUGGAGGUCAAUCCAGGACCUGACGGACCUCAAGGAAGAACAGGAACUUCGAUGGGUGUGUGGAAAACAUUGAAAACAUUCAGAGCACACUUGUCUCUUCCAGUUGCCAUUAGAUGGUUGGUCCACUGUAUUAUCUAAUAUUGUAGAUUUAUUUUUAAAUACAAGGCGAGCUGCAGCAAUUUAAUUUAUUUUUCUAUACUUCUUGAUUAAAAUAUUCUUUAUUACUGUCCUAAUUCAAUAAUGUAGUUUAAUAAAUGUAUGUCACUAAUUCUAAUUAGAAUUCAGUUUUCCCUAUAUUGUGGAAAAUAUAGCUGACAAUAGACUUUACCUUGCAGAUUCUGUAGUGAAAAGCUUAUUGUGCAAGCAAGACCAAACUGAACCAAGUUUGAUAUAAAAAUCCACAUGUAAAGUAUGUUUAAGAUUUACUUCAACCUGGCUUUUCCAUUUGCACUAGGGUUUUAGACACAAGGAUUUAUUUUCAGUGUUACUCAAUCAAACAAUUUUGACUGUGCACAAGGAGUUAUUAGGAAAUGGAAAAUGUUUUUCAUAGAUCAUAAUUACUUAGGUUUCAAAAACAUUCGCAAUGGAAGCGGGCCAUUAUGUUAACUCCUUGUGUUUACUACAAAAGUUUUUUCUCCUGACAAGUUUUGAAUGAUGUGAAGAUCACUUUUUUUUUAAAUGGUUUGAAGGAUCCACCUGUCCAGAUUUCUCAAAGCGAAUCGCAUUCAUUACAGCUGGAAAAGUGCACUGAACAUCCAGAAACAUGGAAUUUGUAGCACAAAUCUAAAUAUGCAUGCAUUACAUCCAAACUCAAGCCUCAGAAAUGGCAAAUAUCCCAAAGAAGAAACAAAAACAAUUUUAAAGCGAUCUUAGAGGUCACAAUACCUUCAAGCAGGAAGAAACCUACUGAGUUUAUUAAAUUGUCCGUAUUAGAAUUUCUAAAAUGAAAAAAUAACUAUACACUGGAUAAAUCAAGGCCAAUUACACCUGGGCACUAUGAUUGUUUGUUAUGCUUUUUAGAAGAGUGUUAGAUCCAUUUGCCGCUGUGGUAAAUAUUUGGUCAAAAAUGUAAAUAAAGUUUUGGAAUAUUAGCAUGUAAUUGUUGUGGUUUGACUUGAACAUUUUUAUGUAAUUGCUUCAAACUUCCGCUUUUAAGUUCCGCUUUUAAAGAUUUGUACAUAGUGUAAGUUUUAAGCUUGCUGACAUACCAAUAAAUUACAUACUUUGAAA